UUGCAGAAUAUUAAUACCUACAAAACUAGUGUUGGAGACGAUAUUGAUGCCUGGUUAAAAAUAUUACAUUUAUACCACAUCCAAGACUGGAUGAUCAUUCUAGUAGAAACAUAUGAUGUGAAAAAGGCCAAUAAGCUAUUAUCUAGAACUACUGUUUUGAACAAAAUACGAAGUGAUUUUGCUGCCAAGACUGCUGAUAGAUGCUUUGCUGUAAUUAAUCCGAUCAAGUCUGAAUCGCGUUCUGCUGAAUCAUGGAGAGGCUUGAUUACGCGCAUUCGUCAUUUAAUGUUGACUACAUAUGAUAGAACUCUUUGCGCUUUGAAGAUAUUAUACGCGAGCAGAGAGAAAGACGAAACAAUCCUAACUGGAAUUUUUGCUAUUAUUUUCUCUUGCAGGAAGAAUUAGUAUUUGAACUAAAUCAUCAUCUAAGAUUUCUUUUGGUCGAGUGUAAGGCGUCCUUGUUAGAUCUUAGAAGUUACUUGAAUAAUAAUAAUGAUAAUUUAGAAUAAUGGUCUGUACAUUUAUUAGUAAAGUAUGAUGAGUAUAUUUAUUCAUCAAUAAAGAAAAAAUUUAACAAAAUACG